AUGUCUCAAGUUAUACUUCCAAGUCAGUUUCAAAGAAUACUCACAAUAGCAAAAGCAUUUAUUACGACAGUUCCAGACAUUGACAUUAUUCUUACUGGACACUAUAAUAUUAUAUUUGAAAGUAAAACAGUGUCUGAAUUAUAUCUUCGAUGGACACCAUUAUUUUGGAAUUUUUUGAGAAACCCGAAUAUUUCAUUUGAUAACAAAUUAAAGUUAUUUGUAUAUUUUUCUCCAUACUCUGAAGACCCCUUUCAACCAAAUUCAGUUUUAAUUAAAAUGACUGAUGACCAAUUAAUGUUGGUGUUAAGUGAAAUAAUUAAACGAAACAAUAGACUAAGAAUGGAUCCAGUGUUUUAUCAAAAAUACAUUAAAGAAAGAAAUUCUGUUCAACAAUUUGAGUUUUUUUUACAAUUAUUAAAGGCUCAUGAUAAUAUGAGAAAAGAACCAGUUGAAAUAAUAGUUGAUCCAUUUUAUUUUGCUGGUAUUGAAUUAAAAAGAAAAGAAAAACGUCAAGAACUUAUUCAAUUAAUUUUAAAAGAAUUACAACAAGCAAAUCAAAAUACUCUUGAACAAAUAUUUAAUUCCUUAAAAAUUAAUCAAACUCAAUGGGAUGUAGAGUUAAAUCUUGAACAAUAUUCUAUUAAUGAAUUAAAGAGUCUUUUGUAUUUAUUCAAUUAA